ACCCUCCCAUCCCACCACCUUCCCACCCUCCCCUCCCCAACCCCAACCCCAACCACCCACACUCUUUCACCCACCAUAUUAUGUCUUCAUCCAAGAAAUCCUCAUCCUCCUCAUCCCGCAAAUCACGCAGCCACGACCCCAUCUACGAGAGUGGCUACAGCAGCAGCAGUAGCAGAUCCUACGGUACGACGUAUAGCAGCAUGUCGCCUUUCUGGACGAUUGGUACCCUGCUUGGGGCGAGCAGUGUGGCGCUGGGUGCGUUUGGAGCGCAUGGGUUGAAGAGCAGGAUUAGGGAUCCCGCGCUGUUGGCGAAUUGGGGGACUGCGGCGCAGUAUCAGCUCGUCCACUCCGUCGUCCUAACCAUGACAUCCGUCGUCGCGCCGCAAAACACAAUCGCCAUGGGUCUUUUCACCGCCGGCAUGACCAUGUUCUCCGGAAGCAUAUAUCUGCUUGUGCUGGAUGCGAAGAAGUACAAGUCGUUGGGGCCCGUUACGCCGAUUGGUGGCGCUUGUUUGAUUGCUGGUUGGCUCAUGCUGGCCGCGAGGGGGAAGAUGGUUACGCCUAGGCCCAGGUCUGCGUAAUGGAUGAAGACAAUAGGUUGAGGGACCGGGAAAUGUACAGUUGUACAAUCGAAUACCGCCUGCAGGUCUGGCAUGUCAUGGGAUGUACGAAAUCAUUGGUUAUGAACAUGAUGAAUGACAACGAAUUGCUUCUGGCAAAUUUUGCAACCG